AUGACCGAUGAUGCUCGCAACCCUCCCACGCCCUUGCUGGCUUCUCGCCCUUCCCUGCGGCCCCGCCACUCUCACCUGCGGCCCCGCCGCUCUCACCUGCGGCCCCGCCGCUCUCACCUGCGGCCCCGCCGCUCUCACCUGCGGCCCCGCCGCUCUCACCGGCGGCCCCGCCGCUCUCACCUGCGGCCCAGCCGCUUUCACUUCCGGCCCCGCCGUCCUGACCUGCGGCCCCGUCCCCUGCUGCAGCGCCGCCCGCCACCCGAGCUGCCCGAGCCACCUCACCCAGCCGAGCAGCCGACCGCCGCGCCGCCCUGCAUCACCACCCCCGAGCCGCCCGGGCAACCGAGCGGCCGGACAGCCGAGCCGCCGAGCUGCCCAGCAGCCGAGCAGCCGAGCCGCCCAGCACCCGAGCCGCCGUCCAGCCGAGCCACCGGGCCGCCGAGCCGCACUGCAACCGAGCCGCCCAGCCUCCCAGUAGCCGAGCCGCCGAGCCGCCCUACUGCCGAGCCGCCCGAGCUGCCCCGUCCGGUCAUGGCUACCCCUAGUGUCCUCGCUUUUGACGCUGAGGGUCGAGCCAUUGACUUUGACGUCUGGGUAGAUGACCUGCAGCUGUUCUUACAGUCCGAUAGGGCAGAUGGUCUCUCUCUCUUUGACCUCAACUCUGGCGCCUCUCCUGCCCCUGCUGCUGAUGCUGACGCCAAUGUUCGCUCCCAGUGGGCCACGCGCGACGCUGCUGCACGUCUUGCUGUGCGUCGCCACCUCCCUACCUCCGAGCGUGCGCACUUUAGUCAGUACAAGAGUGCUCAGACCUUGGACCACUUCCUCGCAGUGUGCCCCACCACUCUCACCGUUGACCUCCUCGAGAAGGCCCUCCUAGCGGCGGAGAAGAGCAUAGUCGCUGUAGGAGCCUCUUGUGGUGACCCCCGCACCCCUGUCUUUGAGGGGUGUUCUCCCUCCCCCCUCUUGCCGUCUGUUGCUUCUGCUGCUGCGGCUGACCUCGUUGCUGCGUCUGUGCUGCGUCUGCCCCUUCAGACGCAGCACCGACCGACUCAAAACCCAUCGUGUGUUCAACACACGGUGGGUUGA